CUGCUGAAUAAACUUCAGAAGUACUUCAUUAUAUUUCUGCAGUACUCAGUGUUUAGAGCCGACUGGGAACAGGGUCACCUGUGUCAAUAUGUUAAUGAGGAGGAGCUGCUGCAACCUGAUUGGUCCAUUCAGAUUAAGAGUCUGAGGGGGCAGAGCCAAAAACAGGAAGUGACAAAAGUGAUUUCUUCCUCAGAAAUCACAGAAGAGAGACGCUCCGGAGGACUGAAGAUGGACAGUGAGGACGACCUCUGCUGGCUGCAGCUGGAGGACUUCAGGCUGCUGCUCCUCAAAACCAUCGAGCCCUCCAGAAUCACACCCUACCUCCGCCAGUGCCAGGUGAUUGGUGCUGAGGAUGAGGAGCAGCUGUUUAAUGACCCCACCCUCGUCAUCAGGAGGAGAAAAGUGGGAGCGCUGCUAGACAUCCUGCAGAGGACGGGGGUCAAAGGUUACACAGCCUUCCUGGAGAGUCUGGAGCUGGAUUACCCUCAGCUGUACAGCCGCAUCACAGGGAAGGAGCCCAACCGGACCUUCAGCAUCCUCAUAGACACAGCAGGUGAAUCUGGUCUGACUCAGUUCUUGAUGUCAGAGCUGAGCCGCCUGCAGAGGGCACUGCAGGAGGAGAGGAGGCGCCGGCAGCAGGCCUGCUCCGUCGCUAAGGAACAGGAGGUGUGGUCUCGGCAGCAGCAGCUGAGGGACCGCGAGCUCCGGAAGCUGACGGAGCGAGUGCAUAAGAUCCGAGAGGAGCGCGAGCGUCUGAGCGAGGAGGUGAGGCAGCUCCGAGACCACAACUACAGCCUGAUGGCCGACAUCAACGCGCUGAGCCAGGACAAGAGCAGCACCCUGCUGACCAACAGAGACCUGCAGAUAGAGGUGGAGCGUCUGAAACACACCGUGCUGCGAGCUGAGAGUCAGACUCGGCUCCUGAGAAGAAGAACCAUGAGACCGCUGCAGGAGAGCAGGAGUCUGGCUCUGCCCACAGAAACCUUCUUCCACCCCAACAGACAGGAGGAGAACCAGGAGGACAAGAAGGAGGAGGAGAAACAGCCUGAGAAACAGCAGGAGAAACAGCCGGAGAAACAGCCGGAGAAACAGCAGGAGAAACAGCCGGAGAAACAGCAGGAGAAACAGCAGGAGAAACAGCAGGAGAAACAGCAGGAGAAGGGAAGUCCUCCACAGAUCAACCUCCUCACUUCAGUGUUGAGACUGAGGAGAGACCUCCACAGAGCCGAGGAGCAGAGAGCCAAGAGCGAAGAGGAGAAGGAGGAGCUGGAGCUGCUCUCUGCCCAGCUGAAGGGAGACGCCAGGAUGUACCGACAGCGAAACAAACAGACCCUCCGUCAGCUGGAGGAGGUGAUCAGAGAGAGAGACAAGGCUCUGUCGUCGCGGGCCGAGCAGCAGGAGGAGGCCCGGCUGCUCCUGCAAGAGAAGGAUCAGUACAGGGAGCAGGUCAGGCAGCUCAGCGAGCAAUCUGAUAGGCUGGAGCUGCUCCUGCUGAGGUCACAGGGGGAGGAGCUACAGCUGAGGACACGCCUCCGCAGACUCACCUGCAACUCUCACCUGGGGGAGAGGAGCAGUGAGGAGGAGGACUCCCCAGGGAGCGUGGCUAAAGGCAGCAGUGAGGAGCUGCGCAGCGGGACGUCGGGGGAGAACGAGGAGGCGCUGCAACAACACAAGCCUCCUGCAGGAGGCGCCACUGAGUCUGAGCAGAACCCCAUCACUGCUGCAUCAUGGGACGAGGAGACAGACGGCUGUCUCACCUAUAGAAGGUGUCCCAACUUCCGGAAGCGGGCCCUCAGGUCGAAGCUGGUUGCUAGGGAUUACGCAGCAGGUAACCUUGACGACAGCAGCAUCAGUGACAUCACUGACUCUGACUGAAAACAAGACCAUUACCCAGGACCACCAGCCCACUGGGACCAUUAUCCAGGACCACCAGCCUGAGACCAUUACCCAGGACCACCAGCCCACUGGGACCAUUAUCCAGGACCACCAGCCUGAGACCAUUACCCAGGACCACCAGCCCACUGGGACCAUUAUCCAGGACCACCAGCCUGAGACCAUUACCCAGGACCACCA